AAUAAGGAAAAUAUUCGUCGCAGUUUUCGCCACAAAAUCCACCAAACAUGUUGCGGCUUUCUUUCUUGUUUGUAGCUCUCUUGAUCCUUUCAACAGUGCUUGAUGCAGCUGUUCUGAAAGACGAUUUUGACUACAUCCCGGAUAGGCCGCAAGAUCCAAAAGGGCCGCAAGAUCCAAAAGAGGUCACAUCUAGCUCUUCGGUGGAUCCCCUAAGUCCUGAAAAUGGUGAAAUUGACAUUCUCGAAGGAAAUUUGACGGAUUUUAACGGCACCGGAAAGGAUUUGUUUGUGAUAAAAACGGUUGUUUAUGAAAUUGGAAUUUUGACGGAUAUUGGAAAUGAUACUAACUUCGACAAUGAAACCCAUGAACAAAUCGAUGUUUCAUUUUUCGACCCAGCCCACAACGGCUCCAUCAUAGACCUAUCCCAAAUCCCAAUACCGAUUCAAACCAACGUCAGUGGAGUCUCUAUCACCGGAUUACUCCCAGCCAACUUCGGCGACUUGAAUUUACUUAAAAAUGGCACUCCUACAGUGCAAGGAUCACACUUUCCUCUGUUCCCGAACAAACAAGUAAGAGUUACCCAUAAUGUGAGCACAUCUGACAGAGAUAGAACGAACGAUGUAUUGUCUGGUUUGCCGGAAUUGUUGGGCUUGAAAGACUUCAUAAAAUACGAUUCUUCCUCUGAAGAAUCGAAGGACCAAAGUAGCGGAGAAAGUAAAGAUAGUGACGAAUCUAAAGAAAAGAGACAUAAGAAACACAAGGAAUCAAAUUAUUCAAGUGAGUCAAAAGAAUCAAAGGAAGAUGACAAAGAGAAAAAACAUUAAUUCUUUAAUUUAUUUUAAUUUGUAUAAAUAAUAUAUUAAACACUUGUUUGUUUUA